GCAAGACCUGCACUGAAGCGACUCGCCUCUUGUAUCCAGUUGUAUUGCUAGCAUGCCUCAAACCAGAUCUCAGUCACAGGCAAAGAUCAGUUUCCCAAAAAAGAAACUAUCUCAGAAAUUGGAUAAAACUAAAAUCUCUAAUGAUACCAAACGAGAACUGACAAAUAUAAAGGCCACACCCCGUUCUCCUUGUGAAAAAAUUCUGCCUCUGAGCCCCAGAAAACGUCUGGGUGAUGACAACCUGUGCAACACGCCCCACUUGCCUCUCUGUUCUCCACCAAAACAAGGCAAGAAGGAAAACGGUCCCCCUCGCUCCGGUACACCCAAGGGGCGCAGAUUGGUAUUUGAUGGUCAGCUAGCAAUUAAGUCUCCAGGAAAAAGCGACAAAAGUGAACCAGCCAGAGUUAGCCCAAACAAAACAUGUCCCACUAUUCCACAAGAUCAAGCGGUUACUGCCAAGUCAGAGCAGAGUUCUCAGCAGGAAAAAGAAUCUGCGAGUUUAAGACUAUUCAAGCAAGCAGGCACUUGCUAUCAACAAGCCAAGCUGGUCCUGAAUACAGCUGUCCCUGAUCGGCUGCCGGCUAGGGAAAAGGAGAUGGAUGUCAUCAGGAGUUUCUUGAGGGAGCACAUCUGUGGGAGGAAAGCUGGAAGUCUUUAUCUCUCUGGGGCUCCUGGAACUGGAAAAACUGCCUGUUUAAACCGAAUUCUGCAAGACCUCAAGAAGCAGCUGAAAGGCUUUAAAGCAGUCGUGCUGAAUUGUAUGUCCUUGAGGAGUGCCCAGGCUGUGUUCCCAGCCAUUGCUCAGGAGAUUUGUCUGGAAGGAGUGGCCCAGGCAACUGGGAAGGACUUGCUGAAGAAACUGGAAAGUUCUGUGACUGCUCAGAAGGGCCCCAUGAUUGUGCUGGUGUUGGACGAAGUGGACCAGCUGGACAGCAGAGGGCAAGAUGUGUUAUAUACACUCUUUGAAUGGCCAUGGCUACAAGAUUCCCGACUGGUACUGAUUGGUAUAGCUAAUACACUGGAUCUCACAGACAGAAUUCUGCCAAGGCUUCAAGCUAGAAAAAAAUAUAAGCCACAGCUGCUGAACUUCCCACCAUACACCAAAAAUCAGAUAGCCAUUAUCUUGCAGGAUCGACUUAAACAGGCAUCUAGAGAUCAGGUUCUGGAUGAUGCUGCGAUUCAGUUCUGUGCCCGCAAAGUCUCUGCUGUUUCUGGCGACGUUCGAAAAGCGCUCGAUGUUUGCAGGAGAGCUAUUGAAAUUGUAGAGUCGGAUGUCAAAAGCCAGACUAUCCUCAAGCCACUGUCUGAAUGUCAGUCACCCUGUGAAUCACUGGUCCCCAAGCGGGUUGGUCUUGUUCACAUAUCCCAAGUCAUCUCAGGAGUGGAUGGGAACAGAAUGAGUGCGAGCCAACCAGGAGCCCCCGACUCCUUCCCUCUUCAGCAGAAGAUCUUGGUCUGCUCUAUGAUGCUCUUGACCAGGCAGCUGAAAACCCGAGAGGUCACUCUGGGGAAGCUCUACGAGGCCUAUGGGAAGGUCUGCCGCAGGCAGCAGGUGUCAGCUGUGGACCAAUCUGAAUGUUUGUCACUUGCAGAGCUGCUAGAAGCCAGGGGCAUUUUAGGAAUAAAGAAAAGCAAGGAGACACGCCUUUCAAAGGUUUCCUUGAAGAUUGAAGAGAAGGAAGUAGAACAUGCUCUGAAAGACAAAGCUUUAGUUGGAAAUAUUUUAGCUACUGGAUUGCCUUAA